AUGGUUGAAUAUGAUUUUGAUGAAAAUCCUUCUUCUUCAUUAUCAUCAUCAAAUAAAAUUCCAUUAAUUGUAGUAAUUGCUACAGUUGUUACCUUAGCUUCUUUGUUGAUUUCAUCAUUUGUGGUAUAUAAUAAUGAAGUUUCUUAUUUGAAUGAUGUGAUUAACUACAAAGUUUUCGACACAUAUGGAUUCGUAUUUGGUGUAAUGAUUACGGGGAUUUGCUACACUAUAUUGCUAAUUCCAUUUGUAGGAUAUUACCUGAUAGCAAAGAAACAGCUCAUAGAUCACAACAUGUUUCACUUGUUUCAACUUAUUGGUGACAAGGUCAUGUUUGGCCUAUUGGCAACUGCAGCUGGAGCAUCACUAGGUGCAACUGUGGAAUUACAAAAGGUUACAUUCAUAGAAGGCACUGCAGGUGCAAAGAUGCAUAGCUAUUUUGCCCUAAUGUAUGUCCCUAAUGCAUUUCUUGUAGUUGGACUUGUUAGCUCUCUAAUUUCUUCAAUCUUAUCAUCUCUAAACUUCAACAAGAGUGAAUGA